CUCUUAACUAAUCCUGGAUGAACACUGCUAACGCAGUCGUCGACAUCAGACCGAGCAGCGUUAAAUAAGCAGCCAAUGAACGCUCUGUUCCCUGUCGGUAUAAAAACCUGUGAACGCCCGCGUCGCUCGCUGAACUGUGAAUGAGCAGCUCACAGUCUCCGUCGGGCGCGCGGAUGGCUCGGCAGCGUUUGCGCGCUGACUGUCAUGCAUAAUUGCUUGUUUACAGAGGAAAGCACCAUGCAGACGACUUUAUUGUCCGCGGCACGCUCUCCCGGGAUACCUACAGCCGUUUCAUUCAUGUGGAAAUCAGGAAAUCCGCAGUCGCCCAACUGGACCGGGCUGGAGAUAGAAAACGCGACGAGUCUCGGCGACUUGGACACGUUCGAGAACCGGCGCGCGCAGUACGGCCAGUUUUCUCCAUCCACCUCAAUAUUCCUUACUGUACUUAUGACACUGCUGGUGUUCGCCACAGUUCUCGGGAACGCGCUUGUCAUUUUAGCUUUUGUGGUUGAGAAAAGUUUACGCACACAAGGCAACUUUUUCUUUUUAAAUUUGGCCAUAGCGGACUUUCUUGUCGGCGGGUUUUGCAUCCCCGUGUAUAUUCCCUAUGUCCUGACGGGUGAGUGGAGACUGGGCAGAGGUCUGUGUAAACUGUGGCUGGUGGUGGAUUAUAUGCUGUGCACCGCGUCGGUCUUCAACAUCGUGCUCAUCAGUUUCGACAGGUUUCAGUCCGUCACUAAAGCUGUGAGUUACCAUUGCCAGAAGGGCAUCACUAGAGAGGCUGUUUUGAAGAUGCUCUGCGUGUGGCUGGCAGCAUUCCUGCUUUAUGGUCCAGCUAUUAUCAGCUGGGAACACAUCACAGGAGGAAGUGUAGUGCCAGAUGGAGAGUGCUAUGCUGAAUUUUACUUCAACUGGUAUUUUCUGAUGACUGCCUCCACUGUCGAGUUCUUCACACCUUUCAUAAGCGUCACUUACUUCAACCUCAGCAUUUACAUCAACAUCCGCAACAGAUGUGCAGUGAGGGAAGAACAGCCGACUUACAUUCGGCUUAGGAGCUUCAAGUUGAAGCCGGUCAGAACUGGCGAUGUACAGCGUGUGUUUUUUGUGAGGCCUGUCGAGGAAAGGGAGGUCAACUUGUCCUCAAGGUCACGGUGCUGCCGGUUACCUUCUACUGUAAAGGUGUCUGCUGCAGAGUUCGGCAAUGGAAGACAGACUAAACGCAGAGACAGCACAAUCGCAGACUUGCCUCCUCUGCAAGUCGGAGAUCGGAUCCUGACAUCCAGUGAGGCACAGUUUCAUUACGUGGAUCAUUCAGGUGGAUCACAUAGACACCGUCCUGAUACGGUUGCCAGUCUGGCCAGCCGCUUUCGCCUGUCUAGAGAUAAAAAGGUGGCAAAGUCUCUAGCUGUAAUAGUUUGUGUUUUUGGACUCUGCUGGGCGCCCUACACGCUGCUGAUGAUCAUUCGGGCAGCAUGUCAUGGUCAGUGCGUCCAGCACUACCUUUAUGAAAUCUCGUUCUGGCUGCUGUGGAUAAACUCAUCCAUCAAUCCAAUCCUGUAUCCUCUGUGCCACAGCAGCUUCAAAAGAGCCUUCAGCAAAUUACUGUGUCCGAGCAAAACAAAAAUUCAACCUCAGAACAUGGACCAGAAGUAUUAAAUUAAUGAGGAUGACCACAACCACAUUUUCAGAUGGGGCCAGUCUUUUUUUUUUUUUUUAAGGGGUGCUCCGAUUGAUUGGCUAUCGAUCACUAUUGGCCGAUAAUGGCUUUGGGAUGACUGAUCGGCGGUGUCCGAUCUCAAAAAACCGAUCUCAAGCUGAUGAUGCGCCUGCCGUCAGAGGUUUGGCAGGACAUGCAGCGCAGCGGCACAGUCUCAGUCUCUGUCUGCCGCGGGUGAAAUAAUUGUAACGCUGAAGGUGAGGUACAGUUUAGAUUUCUUCAUUAAAUAACUUAAGUAGCUAAUUUGAAAACUUUCUGUGAGACAUAAUUUCACAGCGUGAGUGAAUCACUGCGCGCGCGCUCUUUCUCUGAAAAUGCGCAAAUAGCUUUAAAUCAAAUCGCGUCUGCACUGUAAGUGAGCUGCAGCUGCACAGUUAACACAGGAAUUGUCACUUGCACAAUCGAGGCAGUGUCGCAUCAUCACUAAAGUUUAUAAAUUGCAUUUCUUUUUAAUUCUUGCCAGUGUUUAAACCUGGAGAUUGAGCGCUCGUGCACACUCGCAGUGCACACACAUAAUGCCAAGGUCACAUUACUCUGUUUGCACUUUGCAGUGUGUAUGCGGUAUAAGCUAUUGUGCAACAAUUGCAUGAUUGUAAAAACAAAAAUGCAGUGCAUGAUCAAACAUUUAGGUGAGAUAAAUAUUUUUGAAAAAUGUCUAAAAAAUACCCUGGCCUCAAAAAUCCUGAUCGGAGGACCCCUACUUUUUUUUUUAACGUACUUGUAUUUAGCAGUACCAGACAGUAGCACAACAUUUUCCUUGUGUAUGUUGUGAGAGAGUAGAUCUUUUAUCUACUUAUUAAAACUCAAAUUUUUGUAAGAAAUGGUGGCAUAGCUAUUUUUCUUCCAAAUUCAGUGAUGACUUAUUGAUUUGUUUCAUAAAUUAUGUAUAAAUGACUGGAAGGGUCUAGCGCAGUGUCAUGUUUGCCUUGGUAAGUAAUUUUUUAAAAUGUACUCGUGAAGUUAUGAUCAUAAUGUGUUAUACCUCUUGAAACUACAGUUUGCAAUGAGAACAAAUGAGAUGAUGUUAGAUGAACUGUUUGUGAUAACUGUAUACUGAUUCUACAUGACAGAUGUACAGGGAUUGCUGGCGAAGCCUAUAGUUCCCCUAGCAACUGCACUAAAUACAGAGAAACAUGACUCAUCUCUUCUAAUCAUAUCAAGAUAACCAAUUUAUACCAGAUUAUUUCAGGGCUUAUAGCAAAGUCCGAACACUUGUCUCUAAUCAACGGUAAUAAGAUGUACAAUGCAUUGAGAUUCUGUUCAAACACAGAGAUACAGAACAAUAAGUCAGAAAACCAACAUACAAAUACCCUUAAUAAUUGCAUGUAUUAAAUAACCAGUACAGAUGUUUUUACCAGCUUAUUAACAAUAACAGCACAAGUAAGCAUUAAAAAUUUACAUUUAAAUCAAUUUUCUAAAUGCAUGCGAUAGAUAUUAUUGUCAACAAUGUAAAUUUUUCAAGUUUUAUCUAUUUUUUGACCUUGUAAUGUUUAAUAAAAAUUUUAUCACAGAUUUCUCUCAACAAAUGACAGAAUGAACUAAUUCCUGCACUA